CAGUCACGACUUGCCCCACCCACAGGGGUCGAGAAGGUCAUCUAUUCGUCUGCUGCUUCACAUCCGUGCAGGCUUUCAGAUGUAAAUAUGGGUGGCAGUGUGAUUUUUAGCCAGUUUCAUUAGUGCCUUUAGGCUGCUUUUGCCUGUGGUGUGGACUGCAGAGAAGCAGCAGCGCCGGGACGCAGCCAUGGCGCUCCGGAUUGACGCUCUCAGUACGGGGCAGGCAACGAGUGUGAGGGCUGUGUUCCUGCGGUAUGGUGGGAUUAGGAGAAGCGGGAAUGGUAGGAGAGUUAGUAUGUUUAUGAGUUUGGAGGGGCAGCAGUCUCAGCCCAUAAAGCAGCAGGUGCAGGGCUUGGGGGUGGAGCAUUGGGGCGCGCCGAUUGUGAAGAAGUCUGUGCGCGCGUGGCGAGUGCGGAGGAAUGCGUCUGUAGAGCUUGCGAGUGGGGGUGGAGAUGACGGGGGCAGUGGCGGAGUGAAGGGAUACGGGGGCGGCGAUGGAGAGAGCGAAUAUGGGGGUCAGGGCGGGUCUGCGAACCGCGACGAGGCUCUCAUGGUGUUGUCUGGGUUGGGUAAGUCGCUGGAAAACUUGCCGGCUGAUCUCGCGUCUGCGAUCCAGGAGGGGCGUGUUACCGGCGCCAUUGUGAAGAAGUUCUUCGAGCUGCAGGACUCCAAGUUCUUGGGUUGGUUGCUGAAUUUUGGUGGAUUCAAGGAGCGUCUAUUGGCUGACGAUUUGUUUAUGACGAAAGUGGCAAUUGAAUGCGGCGUCGGAAUUUUUACUAAGUCUGCUGCUGAACUUGAGAAGCGCAAAGAGAAUUUCUCUAAGGAGCUGGACUUCGUCUUUGCGGAUGUGGUGAUGGCAUUGCUUGCUGAUUUUAUGCUGGUGUGGCUGCCAGCCCCCACCGUGUCGUUGCGUCCUAAAAUUGCAAAUGUCGGAGGGCUUGCGAAAUUGUUUUACAAUUGUCCCGACAAUGCCUUCCAGGUUGCAUUUGCAGGGCAGUCCUUCUCCCUGUUGCAACGUUUUGGUGCUAUUGUGAGAAACGGGGCGAAGUUAUUGGCUGUCGGUACAACAGCCUCACUGGUCGGGACAGCCUCUACGAACACUUUAAUAGCAAUUCGUCGCAAGUUGGAUAAGAACUUUGAGGGAGAAUCAGAAGAUAUUCCAAUCCUACAAACCAGCUUGGCUUAUGGAGUAUACAUGGCUGUCUCCAGUAACUUGCGAUAUCAAAUCCUGGCAGGAGUCGUCGAGCAGCGUAUAUUGGAGCCAAUGCUGCACAACCAGAAACUGCUGCUUAGCGUAAUGAGCUUCGCUAUUCGUACUGGAAACACGUUCCUCGGUUCAUUGAUGUGGGUGGAUUACGCACGAUGGGUUGGCGUACAGAGGAGUAGAGGCGCAGAAGAAGCUGUUGCAGCCAUUAAGGGUGCUGCCGAAGUUGCUUAGAAUUUCUAUCAUCACUUAAGAUCUGUGAGGAUCAAGCAACUGAUUCACCUCCUUGGGAUGAAGUUUCAUCAGUGUAAGGUAGUCACUCAACAAGAUUCACUUCUUUAGUAGAUUUCUUGAAACAGGCUAGACUCCCAACUAUCAUUCUUAUUAUCACUUAACUAUUAUUCUUAUCACCAAAUUUAUUUUGGAUUAAGGUGAACUAUUUGCUUUAUUGUUGUAAGUCUAGAUUUGAGCUUCUUGUUGCAGAUAGCAUUGACAAUCUUGUACUUCAUGACUUCAAAUGGAAAUCCUCUAUUGCAGUAAGCUUGCCACUCUUGGCCUUUAAGAUGGCCUUAGUCAU